AUGCCGUCGACACGACCUCAGGCGGCCUUUGAGCCUAUCUCCCCCGACUUCGACGUGAAAGGCUUGGUCGAAUCCACGCCGAACUUCGAGUGGGUGGUACGUAUCCACUGCGACAUGAUUGACCAUCAAGGGAUGGAGAAUUUUGAGAAGUUGGACUUGAUUCAUGUGAUCCUCGGCGGCAAACCUCUUGUCAUCGAAGGGUAUGAAUCCCGCCUGGACAGAUGGACAUUUGCGCUUCAGUGGCUACGGGACAAUUGUGGCUCCAAAGUGGAAAACGCCCGAGAUCUCACCAAGAAGGCCAACGUCCCCCUGUCAAUCGGUCACUAUCUCAAUAACAUGGCCCUUCUCACCAACCAGUGGACUCCUGAAAACUACAAAGAUCCUCAACGCCAGCGUAUGUACCUGAAAGACAUUGAUUGCCCGCAGUUAUGGCACGACAAACUGUCGGAAAUCAUUCCUCCAGCUUUGUUCUACCUGAACGAGUCGACCGGGGACGUAGGUGGAUUUGGAGCCGUCGACGAGAAUGACCCAAUCAGACCCGGGGUGAGGAAAGGAAGGGGAAUUGCCAAAGCUGGUGAUCUGAUGAGCAGCCUACCGAAAGAAAUGCGAGCCGAAAACCUGAUGUGCUACAUUGGCCACGAAGGCACGUACACUCCCGCGCAUCGUGAAAUGUGCGCCAGUCUUGGUCAGAACAUCAUGGUGGAAGCAUCGACUGGCAUGGUUGAAGACGGAAAGAUCACCAAGCCCGGCUCUUCGGUCUGGUUCAUGACGGAAAGCAAAGAGAGAGAAGUUGUUUCUGAAUACUGGCUCUCAAAAUUGGGCCACGACAUCGAACUCGAGAAUCAUUUCGCACAGAUCAACGCAUGGAAGAACGCGCCUUUCAAGACCUACAUCGUCGAACAGAAGCCUGGCGAUUUCAUCCUCAUUCCUCCAUUGGCUCCCCAUCAGGUCUGGAACCGAGGUACUCGCACCAUGAAGGUUGCCUGGAACCGGACAACGGUGGAAACCCUUGAGUUGGCGCUACAUGAAGCACUACCCCGGGCCAGGCUGGUCUGUCGCGACGAGCAGUACAAAAACAAAGCGAUUGUCUACUACACCAUGCAGAAAUACUCCAAGCUGCUUCGGACGGCGGAGAAGGUCAGACAGAAAUCCGGGGGGUCCAAACACAAGACGCCUAGUGAUGCCAAAGUGCGACAGCUGGAGAAGGACUUUCGACGGCUGCACCACCUGUAUACGGAGAUCCUGGUGUCGGAGAGUUUCCUGCCUGAUCGGCCAGAGAAGAAUGUCGAGAGGCUCACCUACGACAGCAACAUCACCUGUUCAUAUUGUCGCUGCAACAUCUUCAACCGGUUUCUGACAUGCCCUACUUGCGUGGAGGAAUUACCCAACGGCGAAGAGGACACGUACGAUGUCUGUUUGGAGUGUUACGCCAUGGGCCGGAGUUGUGCAUGCAUCUCUCAUCUGAGGUGGGUCGAACAAUGGUCCUGGGGAGACCUGGUCCAGAAACACGAACAAUGGCGCCGUCAGAUCCUCCAAUAUGAAGGUAAAGUGACUGACCGCUCCCCAGUCUCCCUCAAGACGGAGCUCGAUCGACUGGGGAACAAGCGAACUUUGGCACAGAUUUGUCAGUUGGAGCUGGCUCGUCGACCUUUCCAUAACAUCAAGCACCCGGAGCCUCCUGUCGCGGAGGAAAAGCGGUUUGAACAUUUUGUGGAUGCCAAAGGCCAAACACGGAAGAGGAUGCGACGAUCCGAGAAGUUCGAACGCGAGCAUGCCAGGUGUCACAUCGACUUCCAUUUUGAACCUAGGUGGAAACAAGCCUCCUGCUCCAAGUGUGGCAAAAACUACUGUUAUGGGACGCUAUUCCGAGCGUAUGAUAUGAUGCCGCAAGACGUUCUGGCCGAUCCAGAUUGGCAGUGUCCCAGUUGUCAGAACAUCUGUUCCUGUCGGCCGUGCCGCACGAAAGCCGGUUACAAGUACCAACCUUACACUCCAUCCUCGACUUUCGUCGGGCACAACACGAAAGCGGUCGCCGAUCCCAGGUCGGUGGAGAGCUUGGUCGACUUUAGUUAUUCCAACUUAGGCUGGAUCCAGAAGGCGGGUGAUGACAAUGGUGCCGAUACUCGUCGUUUGAACCAACGCCGGAGAGAAGCCGACGCUGCCAAAGGCAAUGAUCCCGAACUGGGUGACGAUUAUGUCGAUGGUGACGUGGGCAUGAAUGACGGUAUCGAAGAUGGCAUCCUCCGCCUGGCACAGCAUAAAGGCAUUCCAGUCGACCCAGCUUUGGCGAAUGGUGCUGCCGUACCCAAUGGCUCCCCUGGUGAUGAGGAUGAAGAAGACGAGUACGACGAAAAUCCAGAAGGAGCGAAGAACAUGGAUGUUACGAUGCCGGCCGACGCUUACGCACCACAAUUUGCGGUCCCGGAAGGCGGUAUCCUUCGAAAUAUGGAACAUGCGUACGAUCCCACCGAAGCCAUCACGUACGACUAUCCGGAUCCCGAAAAUGAUCGUCUUGUUGCAGUUCCCCUCGAAGAAGAGGCACCUUCACCGUCGGGCUAUUACCCGGCCGUGGCCGAGGACAAUGGGGAAAUAGAAAUGGUUGAGAGAAAACGGAAACGGACCAAGGUUGACGAAGGGGAUCGUCCAUAUGGCUAUAAGAAAGCCAACCCAGCCAAGGCCAAGAAGGAGCGAAGAUCUCUGAUCGUCAAGCUGCGCGUAAACCCCGAAAAAUUAGGCGAGCUUGAGAAGCUGGCAAUGAUGGCGCGGCAGGCUUUGGAUGGAUUUGGAGCCCCUGCGCCAGUCAUUGGUUCCGACUUACAAGCUCUCAAUGCUUCGGCAGAAGGGCAUCCUGGGGCCAUGCCAAGGAGAAGUCGAGAGGUUGAACCUAUUGAAGUCGACCAAGACGAUGAUUUUACACCGGGUCGUUAUCGCGACCGUCGGAAGCGUACCGACGGGGCUGCUCUUCCUCCUCCCGAUGCCGACAUCACUCGACGUCAGACUCGAUUACAAAAUGUCCAUUACGAAGAGCCCUCGGAGGAAGAAUUCAGCGAGGUACUUCCAGAACCGUCGAAACAAGUAAGCAAAGAGACCCAUGUCGUCCGAUUGGAUGAUGCGGAAUUCGACUUUGGCUCGGACUUGGUGUCAGCGGAUGGUGGUGAAGGGGAAGAAGAGGAUGCCGCAUCAAGCCCACGGGUGGAGAUAGGGCAUGAUCCUGCAUUAGAGCCGGCACGACCUCCUACCGCCAAACUGACAGUUGCGCAGAAGAUUGUGUCCCCUCGACGAGAUUCCACGAGCGGGAAGAGCCAGAGCCCAGUUUCAGUGUCAUCCUCAGUUCCUCCGCCGCCGAGCCGCGAGGCGACAAGACCUGCCCAGAAGACCUCUGCUGCGCCCUCCAAGUCUCUUUCUGAGGCUGCGGCGAACAGAAAAGCCAAGAGGGCCUCAAUCGAAUGGAUGCAGAAUGACAGCGAGGAUCUGGACGAUGUAUGGUCUCAGGAUUCGUUCAUGGAGGACGACGGGCCUGCCUCGCCACCUAAAGAACCCUCUCCGCCUCCCAAGCCAGCGCCCCGGCCUGUCGUGUCGAUCAGCCGGAAGAAACAGCUUCCCUUGGACAAACGACCGACUUCCAAACCUCCUCCAGUCACAGUCUCGGUCGACGCCUGGGUGGACAGUGAUGAUUCGGACGACGAGCCCCCGGCUAGAAAAGGACCCUCCUGGCCUUCUGUUAAUGACAAAAGCGUCAGUCGUGUGGCACUGGCGAAGGGACCUCCGGCAAAGAAACGAGGCAGACCGCGCAAGUACGGUAUCUAA